CCAGCCGGACGCUGGGGAGCUGGAACCCAGGAGCAACCUGCAAAGGUCAAACUCUUGGACAAAGGCUCUUUCCUGCAGCAGCUUGUUUACUGUGUGGCUCAGAGUUGUCCAGUUUGUUCCCCAUGACGGACUGCACCUUCCCCCUCAACUCUGCCACACAGCACUUGCUGCAGCCAGAUCACUGGAAGUAUCCUCCCCGUGCAAGGUCCCGGUGCCACCGCGGUGAGCACAGCCUGAGCCCCGAUGGCCAGGGCUGCCAGCACAGCCGCCUGGAGCCACUGGAGUGCCGGGAUCUGCUGGUCCAGAAUGCACUCUUCACUGGAGACCUGGACAUGGUGCAGAAGUACUUCACCAAGAGCGCAGCCAUCAAUCUCGUCAUUGAGACCAGGGGUGAUGUGCUGCGCUGGACUAGCAGGAAACGUGGACUGUGGUCUCUGAGCUAUGAGCAGGAGCUCACCACGCCCCUGCACAUCACGGCCAGCCGGGGCUACACCGACUGCCUGCGGCUCCUGCUGCUCCGGGGCGCUGCCGUCGACUUUUGCCCCGGGGGCAAGACGGCCCUGCACGAGGCUUGUGCAGCCGCCAGCACCGACUGCGUGCGUCUGCUGCUCGGCUCCGGAGCCGACCAGGCUGUCUCUGAGGAUGGCUACAGGCCCCUGCACCUCUGCAAGAGCCCAGACUCCAUUGAGUGUGUCCGGCAGCUGCUGCAGCAUGGUGCCAGUGCCAACAGUCGGACAGAGGAGGAGGAUGACACAGCCCUGCAUGUGGCAGCACGGCACGGCCUGGCAGAGCACGUCCAGCUGCUUCUGCACCACGGGGCAGAGCUGGAGGCAAAGAAUGAGGAGGGACAAACACCACUGAACGCUGCCUGUGCUCAGCACCAUGAGCCCCAGGACAUGGACCGCUACUAUCGGGUGUGCCAGCUGCUGGUGGAGAGUGGUGCCAGCAUCAACGCUGCCGAUCGGGACAGGCAGCACCCGCUUCACCUGGCCUGCAAAAAUGCUAACGCUCAAAUCACAGAGCUACUGCUGGCCUGGGGUGCAAACGUCAAUGUCAUGAACUACGGUGGCAACACAGCCCUGCACAAUAUCCUGCAAGUAGCUGCUUACAAACUGCAGCAUCGCCCGGAGCUCGUGGUGCGAGCCCUGCUCAACCACGGCGCUGUCCGCAUCUGGCCGGGCUCCCUCCUUAAGGUGCUGCGGUACUGCCACACCUGCCCACGCGUCAUCGAGGCCCUGGUGAACAGCUACACCCACGUGCGCGUCUCCGAGGACUGGGUGGAAGCAGUUCCAGUGGAGGUCGUACAGAAAUACCCACUUUUCUACCAGUCUCUCUUCUCCCUGGAGCACAGACCUCGCUCCUUGCAGCACCUGGCUCGCUGCACCCUCAGGACCCUCCUGGAGGGCCGGCUACUUCUGGUCCUGUCCCAGCUGCACCUGCCAAGUGCCCUGCACCAGUUCCUGCUGCUCGGUUUCGAGGAUGUUCUCUACUAAGGACUGUGGUACCAGUCUUGCUGUGCUUUUCUGCAAAGAUGAUCCACCCCCACUGAUGCAGUCGGUGCCUUCCCAGCUAUCCCCUUCCCCUCACCCCCUCCUGCCAGGCCACAUCAGCCCUCUGUGCCAAGCCUGUCACUGUGUCCCAGUCAGUCUUGUGCUCUGCCUUAUGCACCUGUUUUGGAGCAUUCUGUUUGUCCAUAUUACUCAGGAGAGACUCCAGAAUAAGAAAAUGAAGAUAUGGAGAUUAGGACAUUUUGUGAGACUAGGAGCAAGUACACCGCAUGGAUCACAGGCUUAGUUGUAGGAUAUGUCUCCCUAUCCCAAAUCUAAAAACUCUAACCUUUACCAGGCAGCUCUGGUGCCUUGGGCAGUUGUUGGGAUCCUGUCUUUAGUCAAGUUGUUUACAAUCUGUACCCAAAGGUACAGUUGUACCUACCUGGGUACAACUUCUGCCUUGCCUUGAAGACUGUCCUGACAGAGCUCACACGUGUGCUGUGCCACAGGUGGUAUCAUGUGCGCUUUUGGACCUGUGAACCUGCUUGUCAGAGGGAAAUGUGUGGUGGGUGUGGAGCUGCGGGUCUCAAACAACCCCUUUUCGUGGAGGUACAUUGUCUGGGUUACCUGGUUUAGCAGCUUGGGUAAGGACAGCAGUGCUUGUGCAGCACUGAGGACCCGACUGCAGGGUGAGGAGGAACAUUCCCUGAGAACUCUGGUCUCCUGGGCACAGAGCAGCCACCCCUGAGCACCGUGUGGGGCCGUGUGCUGCUGCCUGGGUUGCACCACACUCCAGACAAGGUAAAGGGACACAGUUGUAAAGAAAGCAAAGUACCAGCUACUCUUUAAAGAUCUGCUGAGAGUGAACUCCAUUCCCGCUUCUGCCUCAAGGAGUACCUGAACUGCUGUGGCUGGCACAGGUACCCAGAGCAGCACUGAGGGUCCCUUCUCUCACUGCACUUGUCCUGCAAGGGCUCUGUUUGUGGCCACGUCAGUGCCAGGACACUGGAAUGUACAGCUCUGAGGGCGAAAGGGUUUGACAGACCCAAUGCCGGUGUCUGUUCCUGCCUCUGUGGGGACAUGGGGUGUAGCUCUCUGCCCCCAGUUAUUGUCACCUUACACAGCCAAGGCCCUGCUGCUCUGAGGUGGUGAGCCCAAAAUCCCUCCACGAAGUUCAUCAUGCCAUUCCUGAUGCACCACAGCAGGAAUGCUAACAGGAUACAAGAGGGAUGUGUCUACAUGGUACAGGCACACAAAAGGUGUUGGGAAAGCAGUUGUGGCUGCCUAUGUGUAGGUACUACUGCAGUAGUAUAUCUCAAAAAGGUUUAACAAUGUGUUUUACGGCAUCCAGGGACAGAGAGGUAAGGUGUUGGCUCGAUGUGACAAACCAUGAUGGGAUGAAGUAAGCAGGGGAGCCAAAGCUUCUAAAAUACUGUGAUAAUGGCCCACCCUCGCACCACAGACCAGUAAGUGCAUUUCCCUCAAACCAGUGCAGGAACCCAGCCUGAAGUCACCUCCUUCCUCUGGCUGAGCUGGCUUGUCUGCUCAGGUGAUUUGUUUAUAGGAUCAGGUCCAGUGGUCUUGUUCCCAAAGUCUAAUCAGCACUUUAGAGAGUUCAUUUUUAGCCAGAUGAUGUCUGUGGCUGGACAAGGAGCAGAAACAGGAGGUCCUGUUCCUUUUGGUGGCAGCAGAGUCUGGAAUUGCCUUAGCCUGACCCAGUGUCCCAGUCUGAAGGCAGAAUGCAGAGCAGCACAUGUGGCAGGUGUACUGUCCUUCUCUCCAGCACUGCCCCUAUGCCUGUGAUCACUAAAGCAUGCUCAGGCACUAAAAUAAUAUCACCUUAAGGAGAGGGAAAGGUUGAAUUUAAUGGUUUGCUUUAUUUUGUAGUUGUUAACUUGCAGCUGUUAAGCUUACAGGCAUUCCUGGGGUCAGGCUGGCUGCUUUUGCCAGUUCUGAGGCUGCUCUGCACUGGGUGAUGAGGACAGCUCCAGGGGGAAGAGGAGAACCCAUAGGGUUUGGUUUCUGCACACACGAGGGCACAGGGAGCUCCUGCACGAGCAGGCUGGCCAGCUCCUAGCACAUCCCAGUCCUCCUUGGAUGAAGGUGCUAUGGCCCAGACGGGCACCUGCUGCAGUGAAGGACCCGUGUGAGGCUGUAGGUCCCUUUCCAGGGCUCUUCUCAGAGCCACUAGGUUUGCAGGCAGGGUGUCCCAGUGUGCGUGGGAGGGCUGAGGUCAGAGGGCUGAGAGAGGGACAAGCCAUCCCUGGGCACAAUCUUCAUAGACUGAAUUUUGUCUGUGUUCCCACUGAAACUGAAAGGGCGUGAGUUCAUUGCGUGUGGUACCACGGGAUAACUUCAAGGAAUGUGAGGCUGGUAGGAAAAGGAGAGAACCUUUUACAGAGGGACCAGGAUUACUGGGGGAAAAAAAACCAAACCAAUUCCAAUCAACCCACCAGAAAAGCUUUAGCACUUUUUUCAAGCUGAAACAAGCAGAAAGGUUUGAGCUAAGAGCGGACUAAGAGCAAAUGCUCCAAGUUUAACUCAGUUAUACUAAUUUAUAAGCAAUUGAUUUUCAAAAACAUUUACAAGAAGAGACUUAAAAAGGUUUAAUGGCCCAGAGCACAUUCUGGCAAUUUAACAGGCUCUGCUAUUUUCUCAGGUGUCAGAAUGGGAAAUUCCUAAUGCAGCAUUGGGUGUACUUGCUCAGACAGUUUUGCCAGGGAAGUGUAACCAUCCUGAGUGGGAAGGUUGUGGCCUCCACUGAGGGCAGUGAGUGUGAGGCAUUGUUAGCACAGGGACAUGUGGUUCCGGUGUGUUUUUACCAGCUGCCGCAGGCCCAAGCAGCUGCUGGAUUUGCUGGGAAUGUGUCUUAGACAGGCUACUGCUCCUGCUUCAGCAUCCAGCUGGGUUUGUCAUGGCAAGAGGCACCCUCAGGACUGCUGGAAAGGUGCAAGUCCAUUGCUGCAUUCUCAGUGCAACCAUCUGAGUGGUUGCUCAGGGGUAAAAAGUUAUCCCAGUUCUAGAUAGAAGUUUCAAUCCCAGCCCAGCUGCAGCCCCUGGAUCCUGCUCUGACUCUCCCUGUGGAGCCAGAGCACUGCCCAUCCCUGGUACCCUCUUCUGAGAGAUCAACAGAAUCAGCACCUCCCUGCAGCUUCCCAACCUCGAGCACCUGCUUGACUCUUACUUGAUCUUUCCUGUUCCUCGGGAAAGAGCGUGGCAGGCCAUAACAGGAGCAGACUAGUAAACCAUAGUGAUACUUAUAGAAGGACGACAGACAAAGCAAGUAGAGAAAAGCUCUUCCCCAGCAUGUCCAUCCCCAUCCUACACUUGUAAUCUACAUUGUAGUUACUUCUGAGACAAAAAGGCAGCUUUGUAUUUAUUGGUUGUGGAGAGAUUUGGUUUUUUCUGCCAUAAAUUUGAACGGUCACUUUUUGGACCUGUGUAUGUUUGAGCAUUCUGAUGUCCUUGUGGCAAGGAGAGCUGAAUUGCACAGUGUGUUGAUCACCUCCUUUUAUUUAUCUUUCUGCUGUUACCGUUGUGCUUCAUUUGAUGCCCUUUAACUCUUGUUUUCUAAGAAUAUAUGGGUAGCUAUCAUCUGUUCCUCUUCAUCAUAUUAUUCAGAACUAUACAGAUCCCUGCCCCUUCUCUCCUUACUCGGGCUGGAAUUCUAUUCAGCUGUGCUGUUCCUGUGUGGAAGCUGUCACCCAGCCCCUACUACACCCACAGGCUUUCCCUGGGCUGUUACUGGUCCCAGUGCAUCCUUUGGAGAUGGAGGGAGGACAGGGGGUUUUGCUGUGAUUGUCUAAGGAUUGUUCUGUUGUGGAUGUGAGAUCCACACGAAUGCUCAGGACCUUUGGAUUUGUAUUUGACAUCACUUGACCAUUUGCACAGCCCCGGAGGAGGCCUGGGCAGCGCUGCCCUGAAUUCAGUGUUGUCUGUGCUCAGGUGGCACAUGUCACAACCUUUAAUGUUUUUCAUUGUCUGGGAUGCUGUCCUUGAUUUAAAGUGAAGCCCCAUUCUUCUUUCCUGUACGUUGCACCCUAUACUUGGAGGCACAAAUAAGCCUGUUCACAUACCUGGUGUUUCCAGCAACCACGAUCAGGUUGUCUUGAGUAAGUGUCACAUAUUACUUUUACCAUCCCAACAAUUCAUUUUUAUCCACUCCAGUAAUUUUAUCAGCAACUGUUCUUUAUUUCUCACUGAUUGCUAACAACUUGUAACAUUGAUAUGCAAAGAGAAUAGAGCUAGAAAUACACCUGUCAAAUGGCUGUGUAGGAUAAGUCUUCUCAGUCACCCAGUUCUUUUGGAUCUCUUAAUGCUGAGCCCACUGCCUGCAGUAUACAGCUAAUUUUUCAUAUUAGAAUGUCCUGCAGAACUAAGUCAAAUGACUUACAGGAAUCUAAGCAUACUCUGUCUCUCAUUAGCUGUUUCAAACUUCUAGGCUUACAAAAAAGUUACAUAAAAUCAUUUGAAAGUACCUUUUUUGAAUUAGGUUAAAUUGGGUUCUAGCUUUUGCUAAUUUACCCAGGACAUCCUUUAGUUGAUUGUCUGUGAUUGGCUAGAGAUGUAUGUUGAACUAACUGGUCUGUAGUUUCCUGGAUAUCCAUGUGAACACUUAAAUACUGACAAGACAUCGGAUUUUUCCCCCCCAGUAAUCUUAAAUUCCCCAGUGUGCCAUGAUUUGUUAUAAAGAAAAAAAUAAAUGGUUUAGUGAAUUCAUUAGCCAGUUAAAUACUCUUGGAUGUAAGCUCUUCUCCUGCACAUUAUAAAAAUUGUUACUUACACAGUUUAGCAUCUUCCUUAAUUACUGAUGGAAUAGAAAGUAUUUCAUUACCACUGUAAAAUAUGAAUAUUACACAUUGUUGUUUCAAAUGCAGAGCAGAAAUAUUCACUCAGUUCUUGGCUUUCAUUAUGCAGAAUGUGUGUGGCACACAGUCACCUGGGGCUGGGGCCCAGCACCUGCAGGUCUCUGCCUUCUCUGCUGCUGGGGCAUCCUGCUUCGGGGUUGAGGUGUCAGAACCUUUGAGAAGUUGGAGAGGUUCAGAGGAGCACCGUGGGUGGGUGAUGGGCUGCAGUGACUCCUUGGCAGCAGGAGCUGCAGAGGGGUUGGGGUUGGGCACACCAUCGUUGCUCCUUGGAGUCCUGUGUGCAAGUGUGGGCUCCUGUUCUCCAGUGCCAGGUUCACAGGGUGGGAGGGGCUAGGAUCCCAUUCCCAGGGAGAACUGAGGGACCCUCCAUCACCUCCUGCCACCUGCUGCUGGACCCUGCUGUGCCUUGCCAAACCUCCCUGCAGCAUCCAUUCAGCACUGCCAGGCUUUCCGAGUGGCACUUGGAGGUAAAAUUAGACCUAGUGGCUGGAAGUUGGAGCUGGGCAAACACAGAAAUUAGAAUUAGAAAUGAAACACAUUUUUAAUAGCAAGUGCAAUUAAUCUUCUAGUUAAUUGCAUCUUAGAACAGCUUGUCAUGGUGUAUGUAGAUUUCUCAUCUCUAGUUUUUUUAAAAAUCACUGUAGGCUUUGCCCUAGCCCAGAGCAGGGUUCAUCCUGCACAGUGGUCAGCCCAGUCCCAAAGAGAUCAGACUGAUUAAUUACAGAUCUAUGAACCAGUCUUGUCGUUCCUCUGCACUGUGCUGUCGCUGCCGGGACUGUGUUUGGCCCAGGAUAAUGAGCCCCAGUUUCCCUUCCCAACGCUGCUCACUCCAUUGGCACCUCAUUGACACCUCUGACUUCCCCUUAGUUUCCUUCAUUUUGGCCCCACUGGUUUGUACUGGUUCUGUCAGCUUUGAGCUCUGAAUCUGCUGCCUGCACUGCUUUCUGGGAAAGACAUGCUAGAAUAAAUGGUGAUGCUGCAUUUAUAA